CCCCCUCCUCCACCCCUCCCCCCCUUCAUUCUCUCCGCCGCGCUGCAUUGUGGGUCUCGCCACCGUCAUGGCGGAGUCGGGCGGAGACGACCGCACUGGAAAAACCAUUGCCCCAGCCAGCUUCGUGUUCCACCCCACGGAACGUCCUGGGAAGAGAAGAACAACUUCAUUUGGAGCUGAUGAUCCAGACGACUCGGAUGGUACAGAAUGUCCGUCAGCAGCCAAACUCGCCAAGAAUGUAAACACUCCAGUCUUCCCUCCACUACAGCCAGUGAUCUCUAGGAACGUGUUCAUGACCUCGCCUCCCAGUCAAUCGGCAAACAGCUCAGACAGCGAUUCCGAGGAGUCCAAGCCGAGUGGUUUUCGUCUGAAGCCGGCGACGCUCAUCGCUGGGAGAAGCAGCGAGGCUGAGUCAGCAGUGAAGUUCCGCUCGGUUCUCCGCCCAGCAACGCUCCACGCCCCUCCUACUCAGCAACCUCCUCCUCCUGCAGCUGAGAAGACACUGACGGUGCCUUUGCUGAAGCCAGCCACGCUACACCCUCCCCCCUUUCUUGGUUCCUCCGUUGCAUCUCUGCCUGAAGGUUCUGCCAGUGAAAAGGCGUCCGGUGAAGCGGAGGAGACGGCUCGGGGAGACGCGGAGGAGUCACGGGGAGACACGGAGGAGACGCGGGGAGACACGGAGGAGACGCGGGGAGACACGGAGGAGACACGGGGAGACACGGAGGAGACACGGGGAGACACGGAGGAGACACGGGGAGAAGUCGGGGAGACGCGGGGAGACGCUGGGGAGACGCGGGGACACGCGGAGACACAGGGAGACGCGGAGGAGACACGGGCGGACGCCUCCAAGGACCCGGCCAGCCUCCUGCCUCCAGCAGAGAAGCAGAACAACAACAAAAAAACAACAACCAAGAGAGACAAGGAAGUUGGCGGUUCAUCAGAGGAGGAUUCUGGGACAAACUACUUCCUGCAGUGUCUACCACAGCCAGCGUGGGGGGGACGCUCCAAGGCAGAGGGAGAGUUGCUGUUCCCAGCCACAGAAACGACAUUCGUCUUCGGACAAAACAUGAACGAGAGGGUGGUGAGCCCCGUGCGUGGUGACGAGGCCGAGCGUGGAGCUGAGGGCAGCGAGCGGGACGGAGGGGAGGGGGGGGAGGAGGGGGUGGAGACUACGACAACAGCAACAACAACAACCACCACCAGCACCACGUCAACAACAACAUCAACAGCCAUGAUGACGUCAUCAUCGCCGUCGUCACGCGGGAAUCACUCACCCAGCGUGUCGACGCUCACCGGCGUGUCUCCCUCCCCGUGUCUGCGCACGCUGGAGGAGUCAGCCGCUGCCUACACAAAGGCCACCAGCAAGCGCUGCCUGCUGGAGACUGUGGAGACGCGGACUGGGGAGGAGGCAGAGAGCAACGUCCUGCAGGUGCAGUGCAAGUUGUUUGUUCUGGACGCUGCCGUCCAGUCUUGGGUGGAGAGAGGCCGUGGGAGCCUCCGGCUCAACGACAUGGCCUCUCUGGACGAUGGGUCUCUACAAUCUCGCUUAGUGAUGCGUACCCAGGGCAGCCUGCGGCUGAUCCUCAACACCAAAGUGUGGGCCCACAUGCAGCUGGACAAGGCGAGUGAGCGUGGGGUGCGCGUCACAGCCCUCGACGCAGACGAGCAGAGAGUGCGAGUCUUCCUCAUCACCGCCAGCCUGAAAGACACGGGACAGCUGUUUGCAGCGCUCCAUCACCGCAUCCUGGCGCUGCGCAACAGAGACACGGAGACAGACGCAGCAACGACCACCACAACCACCACAACCUCCACAACCACCACCACCACAGGGGCUGAAGAACAGAAGCAGCCUUCAGCUCCAUAGAACCACUCACCACUCACUCACCACUCACUCACCACUCACUCA